AGAAGAUCCGCUGCACCAUGGCAAAGUGAGGCGCGGCCAUUUCGAGACGUGGAGAAGAUAUCGCGCAAGAGAGAGUUUCACUUUGAGCAAGAAAAAACGAAAAAAUCUGAACAAGUGUUUCCGCUCUUCAAACUGCCGCUCCAUAUUGUCGAAAAGGUCGUUGCUCAGAUGUCAUUGGCCGACAUGCUCACCUUAAGGCUUUGUUCAAAAAAGACAAAAACAAUUGUGGAUAGCUACUGGCAACAUAGGCGAUCGUUUACCACCAGUGUCAAAGAGUUUCAUCGCUUGUUUCCCUAUAUUAAUCCCGAACAAACGCAGUUCGAAAGCUUGUUUCAUAUCAGGGAUGAGGUCGGAAAAGUCCUUCGAAUGCUUCCGAAAAAUCGCUUGGUCGAGGCAGACUUCAGUGGUAUACGUCGGUUUCAGCGAGAACUUAUGGAAGAAAUCAUGAUAAGAAAUCGCCUUGAUGCAUGUUCGCUGUUUGCCGGUGUGAUUACGAUGUCGUUCGAUGGUUGUAUAGUUAGCUGUGAUGAUCUUGAAUCGUUGUCGUAUUGUAUGCAAAAUCUGAAAUCGCUAACUCUUCCGGAUCGUCUAAUAGAUCAUCGAAUUAACGGAGAAGAUGUUGAUGCAAAGAAAAUACAAAAUUUUCGUACGUACAAAACAAACGGCCUAAUUCGGACAUCGUGGCCGAACCAUUGCGCACAUGAAAACGCUGUGGCCAUCACUGGUUCAACUAACAUUCGUCUAGUCAUGUUCAAUGCUCACUGCCAUCUGUGCCCAUUCUAUUGA